AUGACUGGUCGUAAACGAAAUGUUGCACAAAGUGCUGCUGCUGAAAGAGAUGAAGCUUACGUUGAGAAAAGGCGGAGGAAUAAUGAAGCUGUUGAAUCUCUGCAAAAGGAGUUGUCUUUCCUGAAAGAGAUGUUCGUUGCCUACGCAAAUGGCAACCGGAAGCAAGGCGAUACGCCUUCGACGUCUAAUCCGCAGCAUAUGACUGAUGAGGAGAAGGCCAUCAAAUUUGCCGCAGUGGCUCGUGAUUGUGCGAAAACAUCAAGUGAGGCAGUCGAAAAUGUUGAGAAAUUUAUCACAGCUUUGAAGAAUCUCAAGGAUUCAGGGAAACAAAUAGAGUGCAAGGGUUAG